UAUUAAAAAGUAAAUAGGUACAUUUGAGUCCAUACAAUGUAAUCUGCAGUAUAUAAUAUUAUAAUCUUUUUGGCAAUACGGAUUUAGGAUUCUGUCUUGUCUAUGGAUUCUGUUUUAAACGAAGUUAUUUUUGUUAUAAGCUAUUAAACCGUUGCACUAACAAAAACGUAUCCAAGAUUAAAACAACGUUUACCAGAACAUAAAAUAAACGUUAAAAUGUGAGAAUAAUACUUACUUUCAUUGACUGGAACCAACCCUUUUUUGGACAAAAAACAUUUAUGAACUGACAUCAUGGUGAGUGUUAUAGAGGAUACAGAAAGCGAUGACCAUGCAAAAUGCUUGGUACGGAAAUUUGAAAAUCCCCAUGACAAAUCUUUUGAUUCAGAUAAGUUUGAAUGUACCGUUGAUAAGCAUAAAACUGUCCGUCAUUUCAUUCAUACUGUAGCGCAGUAUUAUAACUUGGACGUCGAUUCAUUUUUUCUCACAUUAAGUUCAUUUAAAUCGGAUUCGUCAGAUUCUACUGAAAAGCCAGAAUUAGUCGAAAGCGAUGAUCGUAAAUUAUGUGAUAUUGGUUUGGUUUUUGGUGAUGGUGCCAUAAAUCGAUUUGUAUUAACAGACAACUGUCAACACGAAGAAUCUGAUCAAGCCAAAUGUGUGAUCAAAAUACAUAAGUCCAUGAAAGUUUAUCCAUUAACAGUAGAGAAAAACCAAACUGCUGGAGAUCUUUUCAAAAAAGUAUUUCAAUAUUGUCAAUCAAACGAUAUCAAUACCGAUGCUUUUGUUCUGACAUUUAACUCUUAUGAUAUUGAAACGAGCACCGAAUUACUUAAACUGAAAAUAACAGAAGACGAUACCCGAUUGCUGAGUGAUAUUGGCGUAGUGUAUCGUCAAGGAGUUAAUAAUCGUUUUGAGUUGAUGACAAGUAGUUUAUCGGAUAGUAUUGAAAAUGGUACAUCUUCAAAAUCAUGUUCACCUACUCAAGAUAUAAAAGCUGAUGGACCGUAUUCAAAAGUUCAUUCUUCAGUGCGUAGAAAUGGUUUGGAUGUAUCUUCUGUUAUUGAAAAUAAUUCACUGGAGUCAUCUUCCCCGAUGCCAAUGCUUGCUUUACCUACAACUAGUAUGCUAUAUAAUCGGUCAACUGAAAGAACACUUACAGGUUACAGGGGUUUAGUAAACCAAGCAAUGACUUGUUAUUUGAAUAGUUUAUUGCAAGCCUUAUAUAUGACACCGGAAUUUAGAAAUGCGUUAUACAAAUGGAAGUUUGAUUUUAAUGCCAACACAGAUGAGUCAAAAUCAAUCCCUUUUCAACUUCAAAAGUUGUUUUUGAACCUACAAACUUCACCCCGCCAUAGUGUUGAAACGACUGAACUCACUCGUAGUUUCGGUUGGGAUUCAAGUGAAGCUUGGCAACAACAUGAUGUCCAAGAACUCUGCAGAGUUAUGUUCGAUGCACUUGAACAGGAGUUUAAAAAUACUACCCACGUUGAUCUCAUAAAUCAACUCUAUCAAGGUAAAAUGAUAGAUUAUGUUAAAUGUCAAGAAUGUGGCAUUGAGAAGUCUAGAGAAGAUACCUUCUUGGACAUACCAUUACCUAUUCGUCCAUUUGGGAGUACUAAUGCGUAUGGCUCUAUCAUGGAAGCUUUGCAAGGGUUCACUCAACCUGAAACCUUAGAUGGCAAUAAUCAAUAUUUUUGUGAACGUUGUAACAAAAAAUGUAAUGCACAUAAAGGUCUAAAAUUCAGCAAGUUUCCUUAUAUCAUGACAUUACAUUUAAUGCGUUUUGACUUUGACUACAACACCAUGUAUCGUAUUAAACUUAACGACAAAGUUGAAUUCCCUUUAAAAUUGAACGUCAAUGGUUUUAUAUCGAGUAACAAAAAUGGUCUAGAUAAAGACGAAGUGCUAUCUGAAGGAUUUCCUGAGGAAUUAUUUGGUUCUAAUAGCAAAUGUGAUGAUAGCAGUUACACUGGCACUGAUAGUUCUUCAGCAUUGGACGAAAUUGACCAGGAUGAAGAUGAAGGCAUUGAUUUAAGUCAACAUAGGCAUGAUGACAAACGUAUGGCAGACUUAAAUUCGGAAAAUGAUCCACCCGGGCCAUAUAUUUAUGAACUUUACGCUAUAAUGAUACAUUCUGGAAGCGCUUCUGGAGGACAUUACUAUGCCUAUAUUAAAGAUUUUAAAACAGACCAAUGGUUAUGUUUCAACGACCAAUCAGUUUCAGUUAUCACUAUGGAUGAUAUUGAAAGAAGUUUUGGUGGUGGUCCUGUACGUGGAUAUUAUUCUGGUCAGUACACGUCUAGUACUAACGCUUACAUGCUAAUGUACAGACAAAUAGAUCAUAGGAGAAAUAAAAAUGCAAUGACGCAAGAAGAAUUUCCACCACAUUUAAAAGAUCUUCAUAACUUGAUAGAAAGAAAAGCCGAAGAAGAUAGACAGAUGAAAGAAAAAGAACGUGAUAUGUGUAAAGUAGCUGUCUAUUUAGCUGAUUCUGUAGAUACUGGUACAGAACCCUACCAAUUUCACUGUAGCAAAACCACGAGUGUAGAACAGUUGAAGUUAAUGGCCAUUCAACAAUUUAAAAUCACAAAACCCUGUCAACUAGUUAUUUAUAAUAAACAUGAACGUGAAGUAACAGACAAUCUAGAAGAGAAAAAUAGUUACUUAGUGUGUCAUUUGCGUUAUAACACACCUAGUGUAUUACUUCUCAAAGUAAUUGAAACGGUUGACAGCAGCUCCUUAGCAUCUCCUGGAUUCCUAAUCAUGAAGCUUUUUAUGAUUAAUUUGGAUGACAACGAAGAAGACAUUGAUGUAAUCAAUCCAGUCGAAAUAGAAAUAGAAGAACAUAAGUUACUAUCGGAUCUUGGUACAUUGCUGUUUACAAAGUUUGAUAUAUCAAGAGAGUCUAAUUUGCAUUUCGCCAUGCAAAGCAACUCAAAACCAUUGAAACUCGAAAAUGAUAGAUCAUGUUCUUCGAUAUUCAAUCAUUAUGUGUUUGUAUUCAUUGAACGUCGGAUCAUGAGUCACUCGGCUAUAAUGCAGAAGAUUAAAAGUAUAAUUACACGUUACGAAAAUACCAUCUUAUUGCAGUUUGUAUUACCGGCUCAGGACACAGAACUAUUACAAGAAUUGAUAACAAGUCAAAAAAAUAAGACUCUCAAUGGCCAUGCCGAUAGUAUAUCAAUACAUUCAGUUCAAAAACAUAAAAAUCUUAACAUAUUGUUAGAAGAUUGUGUAUUAUCUACUGAAGAUGGUAAUUUGGUAACAAGUCCUGAAGAUAUGUGUGUCGUGGCUAAUGGUUGUAGCAGUGGUGAUCAAAGCGAAGAUAGUAGUAUCACUGACAGCGAGAGGACAAUCAAAGGUGAUGAAGACUAUCCAAUAGAUUCUCCUGCUUUUGAAAAUGAUCCCAUGAAGGUGUACGAACAUAAUAAAUUGGAUGAAAAUUGGGAUGGAACUGAAGACGAUGAUGAUGAUAACGAUUUUCAGUUAAACGAAAAGUACUUUUUUAAAACUACAACUUUGCCACAAGAAGACAAUGAUGUUUCAGACCGGAUAUAUGCAUAUGUUGAUAAACGAAUGACAGUUAGAGAACUCAAAGAUAAUUUGUUGUCUUUAGUAAAAAUAGAGACUAAUUUUUUCAUCCUAAGACGAUAUAAAUCUGAUACGUCAUUUGAAGAAUUAGCUUUGCCUAGUAGUUCCUUAGAAGAAUUGAACAACUCCGAUAUUGUGUAUAUUACAAUAGGACAAGCUCUACAAGAUGGUGAAUAUCGUGGGGCCAUAUUUUGGCCAGAACCUGUUGAACAAACUAGGGUUGUUAUGAAGAAAAUGUUUGACUGGAUCAUCACUGUCGGUACAUCAGUUUUGGAUACUAAAAAAGAGUUGCUUGCCAAACUGAGUAAAACUCAAAAUAUUGAUAUACCAUUAGAAAGAUGUCGAUUACGUAAAAAAAGAAGCGAAGCUUUAAUGCGAUGUUAUUUUAAUGAAGAAAUUUGGAAUGAAGAUAUUGGUCAAGGAUGGGAGAUGGUCAUUUUAGAUUUAAAAGAUCGUCCUGAAUUAGAGUUAAGCAAAACAAAAAGACUUAUGUUUGUCAAUCACGUUGAAGAAAAUGGAUCACAACAACGUCUUAUCUCAGAAAUGGAAUUUGUUGUUGACAUAGCGUCAGCUACAUCUGCAAAUACACAACUUGCGAGUGAAAUCUCAAAAAAACUUAAUAUUUCCGAAGAUCAAUUGGAGUUGGGUUACACGCAUGGUAACUCAAGUGAUAUAAUAUGGAAAUCUAGUAGUUCCAAUGCUUCAUUUAGUUUAUCUGAUGACAACACUAUACUGUUUUGUCGGAGUGGUAAUUCCUGUAGCAAAGAUGCGACACAAGCUAAAUGGUCACAACGCAGAACGCAACGUAAAGAACGUUCACUGAAAAUACACACACUGAGCAACGAUUGAAUUAUGAUUGUUGAAUACUUUGAUUAUAAAAUAAUAAUUAUUUAUUUAUUUAUAUUGGAGGAGGAUGUCCAUUUGUAAACUUUUGCUUUUUAAUCUUUCUUAUGAAAAAGAAAUUAAUUUAUUAUCAAACCAUUAUACUCCUUCAAUAAUGCUUUUCAGUUAAUUUUUUUUUCAAUAAAUAUGGGCAACUAAGUUAUUUAAAUUUUUUGUCAAUGAAAAAUGUAUACUUGAUUUUUUUUCUGGCUUAAAGUUGUCUUAACUGUCUGUGAUACACAUAACUAAUAAUGAAGUAUAGAUUUUGUAUAAUUAUUAAUGAAUUUAAAAAAUAUAUAUUUUUUCACGCGUCUUAAAA